GUCAUCCGGUCACAUUGCAGGCAGAGAUUAGGCAGGGCUGUUGCAGACCUGCCGACAUGGUGUCCCGUGGGAGCGUUCCCGUUCUGGUGCCUGUCCUCGGCCUGCUCCUGCUGGCUCUCCGGUCUGCCAUACCCGUAGCUGAAGCUGCCAAUGAACUUGCCUCCGCCAGAGAGAGUGACACCAGCCUCAUCAAUCCAGAAUCUUCACAGAGCACCAGGAACUCUCACACCACAGUGAGAAUGACGACAGAGAUCCACAGUGGACACGACAGAGCACAUCUCAAGACUUCAUACUUACUGAACGACGUGGUCUCACUGAGCCUGAUUAUCAUCUGUAGUGUGAGUGGCCUCUUCGGACUGGGAGUCGCUGGUUUGUUCUGGUACAGGCUGCAAAAGGAGGUGAGGAGGACCCAGAAUGCAGCCUACGACUGGAACAAGCAGCCACAACCCCAGCCUGUAGACUGGAAGAUAGUUGCAAAGCUUCAGAAACACCAGUAUCUGCACCAGAAGAAAGCUCUGCAGGCCAUGGAGGAGGGCAGGUCUGAGGUCCAGAAGAAGCAGAUAUCCACAGACUGGGAGAUGGCUAAUGGAAACGGAGAGUACACCGUCUACGAAUGCCCUGGUCUGGCCCCGGCAGGCGAGAUGGAAAUCUACAACCCUCUGUUCAACGCCUCUGUCCUCCGAGCUGCUUCAUCUGACAGGGAACACUAGCAACAUCCCCCCCCCCCCCCCCCACCCCCGGCCAAACCCAGACCGAGAGGCAUCUCUGCUUUCCCCUUUGCUGAGUAACCCAGCGCUGUUUCCUGACAGUGAUUUCACUUCAGUCACCAUCACCCCCCCCUCAGUGCCCCUGCAGCUCUGUGGGGGAAACCCCAUUCCUCAUCUGUAUUGUUGAGGGGAUGAGGCCCAAAGGAAAUUGACCCUCGUGAUUCCUCAGAAUUUUUCUGGAGUGGCACAGGGAUCCUCGCCUGGAGCAUUGGGGGGAAUUGGUGCAAGUGUGCAGAGCUCAGAUGGGAAAGGUCAGUCCUCACUUGACUGGCGCAGUCUCAGUAAACCCAGAGACCAGGCCCAUCCGUAUGUCCCAUUGUGAUGAUUCAACUUUCUUCCUUCAGGGAAUGGGACAUAGGAAGAAAAUCCAAAUCAACCACUCCGACUGUCAGCUGAGUUCACCCCAAUUCUUGAUUCACCCUCCCGUGAGCAGAUCCUCUGGCUGUGGACAGAAGGUUAAUUUGAAUCACCCAAACUAUCACAGUCAUGCCUUUACACGUCCAUCCCCCAACAGGGAGGGCCUGAAAGGCUCUCUCAUACCUCCUGUACUGUCCCUUUAGUGCCUGACUGUAUUUGUUCUCUAUUCCUGAUGAAGGGCAUUUGCCUGAAACACUGAUUUUCCUGCUCCUCAGAUGCUGCCUGACCUGCUAUGCUUUUCCAGCACCACUCUGAUCUAAACUAUGGUUUCCAGCAUCUGCAGUCCUCACUUUCACCCUGUAUUUGUUCUCACUUUGAAUAACUUCCACUUUUACACCUCUCACUAUCUGCGUGUCAGAGGGCUGGCCAUGGAUACCCACACAGGCUCCAAUUACAGAGGUCUCUUUGUUGGGUACAUGGGACAUUCCUUAUUCCAGUCCUACUUGGUCCCCACUCAUACCUCUUUCUCUGACACCAAAUUCAUCAGGACUGCUUCCAAUUUCCAUCCUCUCUCACCUCCACUUGGUCCAUCUCUGACUUUUCCCUUCCUUCCUAU